CUGAUUGGAUGUUUGAUACAGUUUGGCAAAGUUUGAUUGCCCAGUGGAUGGCCCCAGAAUUUAAAACAAAGAGUAUCCAAGCUCAAAUAAAUAGAGCAUCUGAGAAAGGUGGAAGUCUGCACACAGGUGGCUCCAUCACCCCUCACGAGCAUGCUAUCCGGAUGUCACAAGAGUUGGGUCGCCUUCCACAUGUUGAUGAGUUGUUCCACCAAACUCAUGUACGAAAGGUUACAGGCGAUUUUGUCGACCAAAGAUCUAAGCGAACAUAUGAUCAAUUUGAAACUAUAUUUAAUCAAGCUAGGUCUGAGGCCGCAUCUUGUACAGGAGGUUCUGAAACGUCUCCUAUGGACCCAGUUGAGCAAGAAAUACUCCGCAAUAAGAGUUGGAUUGUUGCUGCUGGUGGGAUUACAGACAAAAGACGACUUUACGGGGUUGGAAAAGUCACUUCUCCAUUGACAGAUGUGGAUACCUUGAUAAAUAUAUCUUCUGGGCGUGCUACUGAAGAGUCAGAGAAAAUUAUUCAAUUGGAAGAGCAAGUCCGUAAGUCUAGGGAGGAGGCUCGUCAAUCUAGGGAACAAAAUGAACGCUUGCAACGCCAGUUUCAAUCCCUGUUCAAUGCUGUUCUACCUCUCCUACCUUCUGAUACACAACAUAUUUUGCAACAACAGGUGGAUCAACAAUCUCAUGACAACCACAAUGACCAACAACCACCGCCUACUGGACACUAUGGGGAUGACUAUUAGUUUUUUUUAUAGAUUAUGGAUAUUUUUAUUCAUAUUUUAUUCUGUACAAUUUUAAAAUUAUCUUAUUUUACACAAUGACAUGGAAACUAAUUAUGCAUAAUUGCUAUGGGUAUUUUGAUUUUAAAGAUGUUUGAUUUCAUAUUGUGGUUAACUGAAUUUGCUUAACUGAAGGAUAUAUAUAAGGUUAUAGGAUAUUUUAA